AUGAUUUUCAUUUUGUUCAUCGCACUACUCUCAUUUACAGAUGCUGAUAAGCAAUGUCCACGAAACUCUAUGUACUUCGACUAUGAAACAUGCAAUCCUAAUCGCAGAUCUCAAUGUCCCUCUGGAUUUACUUGCAGAAAAAGUAGAGAUACUGAUAGACCAGAUCUAGAACUAUAUCUAUGCUGCGAAAGCGGUGACAUGACUGCCGGAGAAUGGUUCGCCGAAGCCUUGAUUGCUCCUCAAGUCUUUCCACAAGCUCCUGUGAGCAUAAUCAAAGAAAUGAAAUUGCAACCAUUGGAUGAGCGCACCGAAUUUCCCGAUGUACACAUUGGAGAUGAGAUUGUUGUCAUAUCUUUCCCCAGCUAUGCCACCGGAACUAUUAGAUCAGUUGAGUUGAGUCAGGCCUUUAUGUCAACUGGAUACUAUCAUGUGAUGACGAUUGUUGAUCCCGGAUAUCGGCCAUUUGCCUUGUUCUUCUCAUACAAUAUUCCUUGCUCUCCAUCGCCUGUCAUUCAGUUAUUCAAUAAUCCAGGACAGCCUACCAGUACUGCUCAAAGAUUUAUUACUUAUAUGGAAAACACGACAACUGUUCCAGUCUUGGAAUCUUAUCGCGCUUUAUAUGUUGUUUUGGUAUUCCGAACGAACAGUCCUCUAUUUGUGCAAUCGAUGGGAAACAACUAUAAUUCCUUCAUCACAGGAGAAACAUUGAUGGGACAUUGUAAAGAUGUGACAUGUUUGUUGACAAACUCGACAGUUGGGCGGGAAUUAGGACAACCAUUAGGAGGAAGUCUGUUCUAUCUGACAACUAAGAGAAGCAUGUUCCCUACGAGCGAGCAGCCAUUGCGCGAUGAGUCAUCGUCUAGAUACUUAAAUCUUUUUAUCCUUUCUCUUCUUGCUAUCCGCUUUCUCAUUUGA